AUGGCCCGGUCGGCGCCGGCACUGUCCGGCGACGCGACGUGCGAGGCGCUGGCGGCCGAGCUGCACGAGAUAAGCCUGCGCGUGUCGGACGAACGGGAGUACCAGCUGACGGGCCGCGCGUGCUUCCUCGCCAGCAUGAGCUCGCACGCCCAGCAGCGCGGCUCGUCGGUGCGGCUCGCGCGUCCUUUGUCGUCGAGGCUUCAGUUUGGAUGUGCGGGAUCGGCAAUGUUCGUGACUCCGACCGUGCGGAAGAUGGAGAAGCUGUCGGAGAUGUCGCGUGCGCAGCAUGCGCCGGACUAUGGAAGAAGCAAGGCCGCCACCGUCCCUCUCCCUCCUCGUUCUCACCUCGAAGCAAGGUUGUCGUCGGCUGUCCCUCGUCUCGGCGUGUUUCAGAGAAAACGCCGUCCUGUGCCACUCAAGCGCUUAGCAAAUGCUACUAGUUUUAGUUUGGUUCGUCGCUCCGUGUUCUGUCCUUUCUCAGAGGACAUGAAUGAAGACGACCGAGUUCGAUCAGAAGCACAAUAG